AUUGAAGUCCUUGAGAGCACUAGCACUGCAGCAGCCAUGAGACUUUUAUGGAGUUUACGCGGUUUACUCGCAAUUGCUUCUCUUGCAGGUAAGUAUAUCUACUGUUCAUUUAUCAGCAACAGAAUUGUUUUUGUAUCCGAUUUGAGAGUUUCAGUGAAUUAAAUCAACUGAAUUUUGCAAAGUUAACAGGAAAACUGACAAGACUACUGCAAGGUUCUGUUUCGUACCUAUUACAAUGGUCACACCUUUUGUAUUUGCACUUCAGUGUCAUUUAUCGCCCUUGUCCCACUGCAAGUUAAAACCUCCCAAAAAAAGAGAUACAAAAAUCCAUGCAGUUCUCGGCGUCGAUAUUAGUACUGUUUCUCUUAUUUGCCUUAUUGAAGACUGCAAUAUUCCUCAUGCAAUUUCCAAUUUCGUAUCAAAAUUAUCUCGGCUACUCCACAUUCUCAACAUGACAAGAAAUGUUCCCGUAAGGACUAAAACACAUUUUCAAGAAUCAAAAUAUUAUAAGUGGUUUCACCACAUUUAAAGCUAAAAUGCUCCAACUGUAUGGGUUUUUGAUUACACAAGAAACUUUAAAAUUUUUAAACUAUGGAAAGUUAUUAUAGUAAGAUAUUUAAAAUCCAGUGAUUUAAUUCUCAUCGUUAGACAUAGACCCUCAUCCCUUUUUUUGAAUCCUUCGUCCGAUUUUUCUCCUUAAAGCCAGGAGUGCUGGCGAAUUGAGAAGUUUUACUUAAAAAAAGAUAAGCAGAAAACAAAAAUUUCACUCCUGUAUACUUGCGAUAAAUUUUCUUCGCUUAAUUUCAAGAAGUUGAGAUUAUUACGAGUUAUCAUAUCACGGACAACGUUUAGGCUUUGAACGCCGUUGGUUAAAAUUAAGUUCAAAGUGUCAAGCGGCCAACACCUUUUUCCUCUUUUCAUAAAUUUUCGCUUUCUUUCUCGAAUGGUAACCAAAGUUAAAAUUAAAUAAGUCAUAUAUUAUUAGAGACAAAAAGUUAGAAAAGUUCAGACCUCUAUGGACAGCGGAAUAAUAUGGUCUGAAAGGAUUGCUGAACUCAUAGACCGGACGGCUGUCAACGUAUUUUUUUUUCCCAUGUUUUCCUAGGCUCAAGACGGAAACACAAGGUUUCACUUGAAAGAAAUAGCACCUUAUUUUACUUAUUAAUUUCUUUGCGUUAUGGGCAAAAAUUAACCAUACCUUUCUAUUCAAAUUAUGGAGUAAAAUUUAUGAAAAUCAUCCGUUUUUCUUCUUAGUAAACGAGGGACAACAUGGCCGAAAGUGGGCUCAGCUUACAGCUAAAUAAAUUUCGUGGUAUAAAGCUCAGUAUGCACGUCAAAUAUUGAUUAUUUCUGUAGGGAAACUGAUGACCCAGUUACAAGAAAUAAUUCAAUGUAUUGUACAAGUGAAAUCAGUGCCAUUCAAGCUCCUUUGAAUAGAGUCUUUUCACUCACGUAGCCAGCAUCUAUGCAAAUUUAUUGGAACAAAAGAAAGCCUUUGCAUAAGAAAAGAGUUCAACUACCACAGAAUUGGUUGGCGACACCAACAUGGGGGCGGUUUCAUUGUUUUGGGACACCAAUAUGGCCGUCGUUUCAUUGUUUUGGGACACCAAUAUGGCCGCAAAUUUAAAACUUAUUGUUUUUUCAAACGAUUUCAAGUCAAAAUGACCAAACAACCACUCUUCAAACGUUUGUUACCUAUGUUUUUUCGAAAUGAACACACUUUUUGUUCCAGUUAAAUGGAAAAUUUUCAAAUUAACACUUCCUAGGCGCUCUUCUAGUUUUGAUCGAGAGUUUUUCGUAUUUGUCAGCUUAUGUAAAUAAGUUCUGUAAACUACAUUUAAUAUCCAAUUUAAAAGCUACUGAGCUUUGCUCCCUUCGAAGUCCGUAAUCAGGGUGAACUGAAACAGUCGGGAACUUGAGUAUCAGAGAAAAACAAAUGGGAAAUUUCUACCGAAAUCCAAUUUUUUCCUUAUCACCCGUCUCCUCUUUCUCCCAAACGCUUGUUUAUCGCAAUAACUCACCGAAUCUUGUACACUAAGGGCCUGUUUACAUGGAGGUGGGGGACCCCAGAUAGGUGAGGUAACCCGCUUAGGUGAGGUAAAAAAAUAACCCCCCUUUACAUGCAAUCUUACAACCCCGCCAUCCCGGGGUGCACUUUCUCAAGAUUAUUGAAUGGUCGUUAAGCACGUAAACAAGAAAAAUGCUGGCGAAGCACGAGUUUUGGCGAUUAAUGCACUUCUUCAAUCACUUGUUGCUCUUGCUGCAAACUGUCAGUGCAAUAGCUUUCUAUUGUUAACUUUAAUAAUAAUGCAAAGCCACCGCCAUGGUGAAUUUUGCGCGAAUUUGAUGUAUCACGAAUCCGACCCCGGCCAGGCGGGUUACCCCACCUUGAAACGUUUACAUGACAAAAUGUGACCCCGGCUGAGAGGGUAACCCGGUCUGGUAGACCGGGCUACCCGCCUUGGCGGGUCACCCCACCUUUCAUGUAAACGUGAUCAAAUUAAAAUGAGAGAUUAUAUGGACAGGCGGGUUACCCCACCUAGGCGGGUUACCUCACCUACCUGGGGUCCCCCACCUCCAUGUAAACAGGCCCUAACAUUUAACACCGAAGAGAACGUGAAGACAAGAGGCUUAUUUUACACUCGGGCUAGGAAUUCGAUAAGAGGUUCGCCUUAAAGGAGCUGCGUCACGAAAUUCGGCGAAAUUAGGCAACUACAAAAUGCCCGUUAAAUUAAGAGAAACAUGAAAAUAACCGCUUAAAACUUUAAGGAAGGUUAAAAUAACACAACAGAUACAACAGAUACCGGGGGUGAGCAAAACGGAAGAAGAUUGAAACGGAUUUAGGGUUUUUGAAAACUGUUCAGCCUAACAGUUUGCAACUUCAAACAUAAUGCUCAGGAGACAUAUUUGUUUGUCUCGAAUCUCUGACUUUGAGGGCGAGUAAUUGGCAAAAUUAGACAAAAUGAACUGGACUGCCGUGACACAGCCCCUUUAAUUUGACCUUUAGAUCCUAGGAUCCCUUUUGAUAGGGCACCUGUAGACACACGUAUUACCGUAGAUUUUAUUAGCUUUUUUUUAAAUUUAUUCACACCUUAGAAAAUACUUGCAAAUGUGCGGCCUUCUUAUUGGGGUUCUAAUCCAUUUUUGUCAACAGCGUUCAGCAAGGCAACCAUCCAAAUACGUAAGUUGAUUAAUAAUAGACAGUAACAAUUGAAUUUAGGAAAAAACUAAUUUUUUUAUCGUUUUAAGAAAGUGCACUUUGUUUUGUUGUUAUUUACUUGCGAGUUUGUAUUAAAGUAAAAAUCAAUUCUCAUUCAAUUCGAUAUGCCAUGAUAUUUUCAGUUGUUCCCCCGUUGGUUACUGUAUAGUUAUGUUUUCACACUUUUUAGUAAAAUUCUCUUACACUCAUGUCUAGCCGAAUUUUUGAAAACAUUUCCCGCCAAAUAGACCUCUUCCGUCAGGCCAAAAACUAUCUCCAAAGUAACCAAUAUAAAAUUAUAAGAGUGCAACCAUUGCUUUUUUUUCUCUUCUCCUUGUACAACUGUACUGAGCCUUUGGCUUUCUGUGGUCUCCUUACUAUGUUCAGUUGAUCCUUUUAUAUUACCUUUUUUUAGGAGACUGUUCUUGUUCAACUCAAACUGUAUUGUUAUCAAGAUUAAGUUAUCUUGUAAUUACAGUUGUAUGAAUUUUAUCGCAAAUUUAAUAUGAUGCUGUAAUCUCACGUAAAAAGUGCAUGGUGGUGUAAAUAAACAAAUGAUGAACUAAUCCUCCCUGCUCUUUUCUUUUCUUUAUUUCCUUUGCCUUCGCUUUUUUAGAGUGUGAUUUUCGGCAGGCUUAUCGGGUGCAAAAAUACCUGCCUUUUGGCCUUUUUUCAUUCAAAUGGCUGCAAAUUUUGUUAGGUUCGUUUUCAAAAAAUCGGCUAGAUGUUCAUUUGAUGAAAUGAUUGCCAUCAGGUGCAUGCAUUUUCAAGACGCACGGAGAGCAAGACACUUUCAGCGUAAAUGGCCAGUCGUGUUAGCUACAGGACACUGAAAGUGAAUCUUGUACUCAAGAGAGCACCCAAAAUUUAAAAAAAACCUAAUUAAUUUGGUAGGAUACUAAAAAAGGAAUAGCACCUUUUACAUCUAAAUGCGUGAAAAAAAAAAUCAGCAGCAGUUUUCCUUUACCCGGACGGAGGCAACAAAAUCUUACACAACAACAUUGUAACAGGUGAACUCGGAGACCAGCUGACAAUUGCUUAUAAUCAAAAUCAUUAUUUCUAUCGAUGUUCUUUUUACGGGAGCGUGGUUUGCUUUAUUUAUUGAGAGUUAUUUAUUUAUUCAUUUAAAUUUUAUUGUUUUUUUGUUUUUACUUAUUUUUUCAGCGUACAGAAUUCGCUUGAUCACUGCAAAUGACGAUAUUGGAGGGGGUCGUAUUGAGGUCUACCAUAAUGGUCAAUGGGGAACAAUCUGUGACAAAAGCUGGUCCGAGCAGGCUGCAAAAGUGGCUUGUAGGGAGCUCGGCUUCAAAACUGCACUGUAUCCAUCCAAACGAGCCUUCUUUGGAGAAGGAUCUGGACCGGUAAUGACCAAACAUGAUCCCGCGGCGUAUAAAUAACAUCAUUAUUCAUUCAAAAUAUUUUUCUGUCUGGGUCAAAUCCUCUACCUAAUUCUUCUUAACCAGAUAACGUUGACCAAAUUUGGAAAAUGUUUGCGAUAUCCGAUGAAAUGACGUUAAGGUCUCGGUAAAGGAAAACGAGGUGCCCACAGAGAAUAAUUCUAGUCGCGCGAGUAUUUUCGCUACAAAGGCCAGUUAUAUAUCAAAUUAAAGCUAAAAGACUAAAUUACCUUAUAAAAUAUUUUAUUUCAUCGAAUUUCAAAAGGCGCUUAAGUUUUUUGCUCUCGAACUCAGAGGUAUCGAGUUUACUGCUGAAGCUCCAGCCCUUUCGCGUUGUUAAAUAUUCACUUUCUUUUUAUUGCAUCUGAUUGACAGAUAAAAGACCUAAAAAAUGGUGUGAGGAAAUUUGCAUAUGUCUCGUAUUAGUAUAGGUAAUAGCAUGAUUUGUAGUGAUAUUUGGCAUAAAUACCACGAGUGAUAUUUCAAAAUUGUUAUACGUAAUUUAAUUUGAAAUAUCACUAGUGAUAUUUAUGCCAAAUAUCACGUACAAAUCAUGCUAUUAGUUGUUUAUACUACUACCCGCAAGAGUUUUGUAAUUUUCACAUGUAGGUAUUUCAAAUUAAGCUGAAAUACCACUGCUCUAAGCCAAUCAAAUUGCAGAAAUUUCUCAUGUAGUAGUAUAAGGGGAAUUAUUACAUUUCAAACUAAAAAGUCGAAUCUCGAGCGCGAUUUACGCAAAGAAACUGACAUAAAAUGAGUUACAAAGGGAAAUCGGAAAAUUCCUCACACUCUUUUUGAGUCUAUAUCAUUAUCCAUCAUAUCUGAAAGUUUCAAAGCGAUAGCUUAAAACCUGUCCCGACUGGAGGUCGGAGAAUUUUGAUUUUUGCGUCUGAAAUAGAGUGAGAGAAAAUCAGCUCUAAAGAUUUAGCGCGAGGUCCACGCUUGGCUGGUUAGCUCAGAAAAAGCUCAUUUUAGAAGGGUUAAAAAGCACUUUCUGAUUUUCUUUUUCUGCCAAAAUAAAAUUUAGGACCCACUCAUGCCAAAAAUCCAAAAAAAACAAAAUCGAGCAAUGUACUAAAAUUUUCAUUUACCGAGACCUUAAUACUAUAGGAUAAAAGCGAGAAAAAGGGAAGGUAAUAGAGAUGAAAUCCUGGGGUCGGGAAGAGAUUGCGUUGCGUUGUUUUGUUCCGUAGCUGAACUACUGCCUAGAACAUAGCAGGAACAUACAAAACUGAUACAACUCGAAGGAUGACAUCUGCUAUUGCAAGAAUGGCUGCUAAAACAUCUCUUUACAGCCUGAAUUUUCUUUCUAUCUGUUUGUAAUUAUAGCAUCAUAUUUCACGUUAUCCCUUAUUGUUGAAAUAUAUAUACCCAUACCUGUAGUCAUUUGUUUUAAUAGGCCCUGAGGUAAAAAGGCGGCAAUUAUAUCAAGUUCCUUUGAGGAAAAUAAGCCAUUCUUUUUUCGCUGAUUCAUAAAUCUUUAAUCGUAGCUGACUGGAUCCCUCAUAUGGAUCCAGUGGUUAUUUCGCUGUUCCUUGCUUACCAUGCCAGUAGAAUGUGCCUUUUAUACCCCAAACGCCAAGGCAGGGUACCUAACCUUAUACAAGGUGCCUGGCCUUCUAUCCUCCCAUUCAGAGCCCAUCUUCUAAACUCAGUUCGAUUUUGUAUGUUUUUUUUGCAGAUUUUCCUAUCUAAUGUUAAGUGCACUGGAGAUGAGCACUCACUUCUUGAAUGCGAAAAUGAUGGCUUUGGUGUGACUGGAGACUGCACUCACAAGAAUGACGCUGGAGUUCGAUGUCUCAAGGAAGGUAAGCCACUUUACCAAAAAUAAAUAUACCAGUUACUUAGUGCUUCCCAUUCUGCCAAAAUUUCCAGACAUUUGAGUCGAAACAUAAUUCCGAAUACGCUCGAUUACCAACCGCUGUUCGGGGAAAUGAGCCCACACUCACCCCCUGUCUUCGGAGAGGAUCAAAGACCGGACCCGGGAGACGGCGGAAAUCGAGCCUAAAUUACGAACUAUCUUUCAGUUAUGUUAAACUCCAGGCCUGGUUAAACUCGGAGAUUGACAAACUUUCAAACUGGUUUAAAACAAACAAGCUUUCUCUAAAUCUUAAGAAGACUAAAUUUAUGGUCUUUAAACCAAGACAAAAGCGUUCAAUUUGUAACAUUCAAAUAAGUUUAGAUAAUCAAAAUAUUGUUAAAGUAAAGGAGGCAAAUUUUCUAGUAGUAAUUUUGGAUGAAAACCUAAAUUGGAAGUCGGAAAUAUCACACGUUGCAAAUAAAGUUGCAAAGUCAAUCGGUAUAAAAUCUAGAUGCAGCUCCUUUCCUCCUAAAUCAUCUCUACGUAUGCGCAACAUUUUUGUAUUGGACUCGUAUAGAAAACGGAAACAGAAAUGUUUUGGUUUGUUUGCGGCGUCCCCGGUGAUUUUGUAUCGGGAAUCUAACGCGAAUUUCGUGUCUGAAUAUAAGGAAACGGUUCUCUGAUUUACCGAUGUGCUUAAAUACCAGCGAUGUCGAAUUCUCUGAAUCUAAUGAAGCCGGAAUUACUAAUAAAUUCGGAAAAAUCUACUAGAGUAAAACUACCUUCGCAAAUCCGCGUUUCAUCUUUCAACUUGCUUAGUUCCACUGGUCUCUGACCAUGUAAAGAGGCAAACUGAUCUGGUGGUUGUUAAGGAUCUUUUCAUGAUAUCUGCCAAUGUCGCUUUUGAACUUGUUUUAUAUAUGGAAAAUUACGCGCUUUGCAACAUGCGAUGUUAUAGUUAAUUGCCACCCUGCUUUGCUUAUUCCUUAGUUUGUUCUUUUUGCGCUGAAUCUAUUUACAUUUUAUUAGUUCUAUCUCAUGAAAAAUACAGUGCCUAGAAUUAUGGUCGUAAAAUGACCAAAAAUUUUGUGCCGCAUAAUCAUAACCAAAGACUACUAUUCUGUUGUUCGCAUAGUAUUUGAGCGGAGCCUAAUAUGCUAGUUGUGUUUCCUUCUUAGACUCCCCUGAACUGGACUACUUGGGCUGCUGGAUAGACAAUCCUAACAAAAGAAUUUUGUCGGAUUUGUACUCGAACCGCAGAAAAGAUAUUAAUUGGUACAACAUCGGAGAAACCGUUUUGAAUUGCGCUAGGGAUGCUGCGAACUCUUCGAAAGACUAUAAUCUUUUUGCUGUGCAAUACUUUGGCGAGUGUUGGUCCGAGGAAGGAAAUCCUGAUUACAAGAAGAUGCGGGGAUCACCCGAAGGUUGCCAGUAUGGUAUGCUAUCUUUAAAAUUCUCUCUUAACACUAAAAAGGCGCGAGCAAUUCAUCAAAAUCCACAGGGAACGUUUUGGCUUUCACACACCAGAAGCAAGAUAGGUUCGAAGACUGCAAAUAUCUUUCAACGCACAAUAAACAGCACCACGGGAAAGUACUUUCUGGUAAUCUCUUAUUUGAUUGUCAAGCUUCAGGACCCUUAAAAAUUGUAGUUUAAAACACAUUCCAACGCUAUUUUUGUUUUUUAUAACUUGUCUACUUCCCCCCCGAUUCUAAACAUUUCUCAUUUCGAUAUACACUCUAUCAAUUUACCUUGCUCAAUUCAAAUUUCACUCUCUUUCAGAAAUUAAGCGUUAGUUGAAAAAAAAGUACAAAAUCUAAUUAUGUGUUAACUGAGCUUUUUAAAUUUUUUUUUUUCGGCCCAAAAGACCCCUUAACCUUGGGGACUUAAGUACAGAAUUACUUAGGGUUUUUUGAAGUUGUUCAGAAUUCUCGAAGUUCCUGUUUUACGAGUCGAUUUUCUAUUUCUGCUGAGUAUUUCUAGAGCAAUAAGGUUGCUAUAUUGACACACCAGGAGCCGAGUAAUCGGCUCCUGGACACACCCAAUCGCGGUUUUCUUUUCUUUUCUUUUCUCAUUUUGUCGUAAGAAAUGUUCUAGAAACCCCUCUGUGCUGUCCCACAGCCUUUCUAAUGAAUACUUUCUUGGACAGGUGUUGGAGACCUGUCCCACAAUGCUGUUUAUGGAUUCAAACCUUAUUUUGACCUGGGCUGCUGGAACGACAAACCAGGGAAUGGUCGAACAAUGGUUCUUCUCAAGAGUCUUCGCAAACAUAUCGACUGGUAUGAUUUGGGAAAAACAGGUACGUAGGACAACGGUUAUAAAAGCCGGCCAAAAAUACAAAGACGAAAACGAUGGUGUCCAUUUUCCGUUUGGAGCUCCCUGACAAAAUAAUUUGACUGCGCCUGUUACUCAGGCUACACAAUCUUUGGUCUUUGUUUCGCAAAAAGUGAUCAGAUAAAACACAUAAGAAAGUAAUCUUUCGGGUUUCAUAACCAUUGUACGUUAUUAACCAUGCCAUAAACAAUAUCUUUGUACUUUCAUUGUCGGCUUUAAGUCCCAAUAGUGACUAACGUCAAUUUUCUCCCAACAAUAUCCAUACAAUGUCAAGAGAUAAGGUUAUGAGAAUUAAUAAAAUGAUCACCUAGAGGAAAAUGCCUUGAUCUUUUAUUAAAUUCUCUCAACUCAUUCAUGAAGGAAAUGUAUGGAGAUCAGUUUGGAGAAUUUGUAUGUGGAUAUUGGGGCUUAAAGGGUUAAUGAGGGAUUGAAUGGGUAGAGAAGAGUUUCGCGCGUAGGAAGGGAAUAAAUAGAAUUUUUAUUGUUUAUUUGUUCUUUUUUAUUAUUUAUUUUUAAUCUUGCAGUGACUGCUUGUUACAACUUAACAAAGCAGGCAGGAAAGAAAUACUUUGCGGUUCAGUUUUAUGGCGAGUGUUGGGUGUCCGAUGAUGAUUUGAAGUAUAAGAAAUAUAGCCAGGCUACAAAUUGUUACCAAGGAGUCGGCGCUAGCUGGUCCAAUUAUGUUUACAAGAUACGAGCGUAAAGUAAGAAUGGCGCAUUUGAAUAUAUUUAUAUAGAUAUUUGCGCCUUAUAACUUUUGCCGAAAUUAUAUUAAAUAAACUUAAGAAAGAAUUUAAUGUAAAAUAUGAUGAAUAAUACUGUUAAAAUCCGUUAUCAACUUUACACUUUUCAGUUUGUCUGUUACGGUGAGAGAAAUGAACAAAAGGGGACACUAAAUCUGUCUGCGUUCGCAGGCUAUCCACAAUUGGUCUCUGCCUUUCUUUUGCAUAAUUACCGCUGGCCUGUUAUAUACGUGUUAGGCGCGAAGUCAUAGAGCUAGCCUGCGUAGCAAGCGUUUCCGUGCGGUUUAGGAACAAAGAACGAAGAACAAGAGUCAAAGACGUCGCGAAAAAUGGCGCAAGUAAAAGAGCGGGCAGGGGGAGGGGAAGAAAGGAAGUUUCCUUUCUUCCCCUCCCCCUCCCCCCUCUUUCAUUUUUUGGCAUUCGUUUCAUUUCUCGCGCGGCCAAAGCCGAGGAUCCCGUUCCUCGACCUCGGUCUUUUUUUUCUCCCUAAUCAAACAGAAACGCUUGCUACGCAGGCUAUCAUAGAGCGGGAAACUGAGGAGGAACUGAGAGGGAGACCCCCUCGCUCGCUGUUUUUCCUUCUUACAUCUCUUUGAGCCGUCCCCAAAAUCUAAACGCCUGAAACAGGCUAAUUUACUGCUUGAAAACAGAGUACUGUGUUUGUUUGUUUGCUUGUUUUAGAGUUAUUACUUAUGCAAAAAACCUUGAAGUGAUAAACGUAGUAAUUUAAUAUAGUAAUACGUAAUAUAUUUUUUUGUCUUUUUCUCUCCUUUCAGUUUAAGAUGUUCAUCCAGUUUCCUGCUAGAGGCUCUCAUAUUCCAGCAAUCCACUUUAUUUACCCCGGCAAAGUAUUUUGAUUUCUUGAACUUAGUAAUUGGCAGUUUAACAGACGUUUAUUGCACGUAGACAAACGAUUUCGAUAAGGGAUGCUCAUAUGAUGUAAUUUGUAUCAUUAGAGACAUCUGAAAUAUCUAAAUAGACAAGUUAUUGACGAGAAAUAAAGCAAUUGAACUGAAAAUUGAACUUGUUUAGUCCUUGAGUUGCGGAUUUCACCCCCGGGGGGAACUCAAAAAAGUUUUAUACGGGGAUCCUCCACCCCGCUGUCCAACCCUGUACUCUUUUAUUUAUCAUUUUUGACAAAAAGUUGCCCCUUUCCUAUACCUUCUAUUGACAAAUGGAAACACUUUCACAUACCUAGUUUACAACUUUGCAUCCAUUUUAACCGCUGUAAAAGCGCUGUCCUUAGGUCAAGUAGAAUUGUCCACACGGCUAAUUUGAAAACCAAUUUUGAAUAUUGAAGUUACUACCGUACAUAAAUAACGUUCAUUCAUUCAUUCAUCCACCACCACCACCACCACCACUCACCACCACCACCACCACCACCACCACCACCACUCACCACUCACUCACCACCACCACCACCACCACCACCACUCACCACCACCACCACCACCACUCACCACCACCACCACCACCACCACCACCACUCACCACCACCACCACCACCACCACCACCACCACCACUCACCACCACCACUCACCACCACCACCACCACCACCACCACCACCACCACCACCACCACCACCACCACCACCACCACCACCACCACCACCACCACCACUCACCACCACCACCACCACCACCACCACCACCACCACCACCACCACCACCACUCACCACCACCACCACUCACCACCACCACCACCACUCACCACCACCACCACCACCACCACUCACCACCACCACCACCACCACCACCACCACCACCACCACCACCACCACCACCUCACCACCACCACCACCACCACCACCACCACUCACUCACCACCACCACCACCACCACCACCACCACCACCACUCACCACCACCACCACCACCACCACCACCACACCACCACCACCACCACUCACCACCACCACCACCACCACCACCACCACCACCACCACCACCACCACCACCACCACCACUCACCACCACCACCACCACCACCACCACCACCACCACCACCACCACCACCACCACCACCACCACCACCACCACCACCACCACCACCACUCACCACUCACCACCACCACCACCACCCACUCACCACCACCACUCACCACUCACCACUCACCACCACCACUCACCACCACCACCACCACCACCACCACUCUCCACCACUCACCACCACCACUCACUCACCACCACCACCACUCACUCACUCACUCACUCACUCACUCACUCAUUCAUUCAUUCACAAUAUGUUGUCGGUCAUGUCGCGAUAAUUCUCAUCCCCAGUUUCCACGGUCUCCACUAGGAAUGCGGCCUGGGACCCGCGAUGACUUCCUGAGUAAAUUUUGCUGGGUGUAUGUGCCGCUGGCCUCUCAGACCCCUACCCCAUUAUAGUCUAUUCUGUGACCAAUUAUAGACCCCAUCUUAGUCAAUUUUGGGUAAAUAUGUAAUUUUCGCGAUCCCAAUUUGGUCACUUUCUAUUUUCACGAACGGACCCAAAAAAUACGAAAAUGUGCGACCCAAUUCUAGUAACUCUGUUGAAAAUGCUACCCCAUUAUAGUCAAUCCAGUCGUGAAAAUGCGACCUCAUCCGGCGGCACAUCCCCAUUAAUAAAGGAUUAAAUUAGCUGCAAAAACCGUGGACGAAGAUCCUGCUAGUUGUAAAUGUUGGAUCUAUAGAAAAGAGAUCAAAUCAGCCAAAAUAUAAAGAACCAAGAACAAGAAGUCCAAAGACUAAUGCAAAGCUGAUUUAAAACAACAUCCCCAUUAGCCUCUUUUAAGGAAGUAGCGUCCUCCCUGGGUUCCACGGAUAACCAGGUAAGACAUUUGGCUAACGGUUAGGCUGAACCCCCCAGCCUCCCCUCCCAGCCCAAUGGCCACCUUACCUGUGGUCCUUGUACUACUUCACUAUCGUUCUGCCUGUCGUGAUAGGACUAGCCUCUGCGGGGAGGCUAUGAUAGGACUGGAUGUCUAAGAAAAAGUUAUGUAAAAUUGGUAGUCUUUACACUAGAGCCUAAACAGGCUAAGAAAUAUUUCAAGACAAGUAAAUUUUAAAUUCUUCAAGUAAAAGAAAGCUUCACACACAACCUAUCUUUUUUACUUCAGGUUUACUUAGGGCCUCUUCAUAUGAGCCCGGUUGACCGGGCCGGUGAGAUCUCGCCUCACCUCUAAAUCCUUUGUAAAAUUUUCGAUGUGUUCAUAUGAGAGGGCGGGCUGACUCGGUUCCGGAGAUCUCGGUUUUUCCAACCGAGAUCUCGGUAAGCGGGCUGGAAAUUUUGCCAUAUGAACACUUCAUCCCGGUUACCGGGAUGAACGGCGGGAUGAAUUCUGGCGGUCCGGAUGGCAUCGUCUUGCAGUGCCUGCUGUAUUUUCCACAUCAUAAGCAUCCCAUUUAACUGCAGUGAUACAGCUUUAAGAGUUACCGAUGCUAAGAUAAGUCCAAAAGUUAAAACAUUUGUGUUUCGCCAUGUUUGCUUUGUUUCCUAAAUUUGGCGCCAGAACUCGUACCCAGGAUCUUUGACCUUUUCUCAUCUCGGAAACCGGGCUGAAAUUUCUCAUAUGAACCCAAAGCAAAAUUCAUCCCGGUAACCGAGCCAGCCCGGUCAACCGGGCUCAUAUGAAGAGGCCCUUUAAUAAGCCUAGUUUCCCACGAAACAUAAUUAAGAUUGAUUGACAUGCUUCGCCUUUUUCAAAGCUUAGAAACCGCAAGUUCGCUAAGUUGGUUUUAAGGAUCGGUGAGGGUAAAAGGCGGAAUGAGUUUGCGGAAUGGCAUGUGGCAUGGCUUGCGGAAUGACAUAAUUAUGCGGAAUUUAAUAUACGCUGCUGAAUGAUCAAAAGAAAUAAAUUAAACUGAAAAGAGCACCCUUUUUUGGCGCCAAUCAAUUUGCAAACGCAGCCGCUGUUUUAAUGUUGCGGGCUUAACCUUUGAUGACAAUAAAAAAAAAACCACGAAGGCUCAUUGUCGACCAGCCUUUUCCGCACAGCCAAAAAGAUUCUUCGUCUAUUGAAGAAAAGAUGUUUUCGAAGGUCACGCUCCCUUCUACUUUAAUUUUUUCUACAAAAGAUGCUUGUACGAUUAACUCAACAGUUUCUUGUUACCUAUAUUUGUAUUCGAAACCGUGUGAGAAGUGUUUCUUUAUGAGACUGUGGGUUACGUGAUCGUGACAUAAUUGAUAAUAUUAUUCAGAGAUGAAUGAAUCUUGUAUUUUGUUUCCUCAACUGCGAGCUUGAGACGUGCGAAACCGGAAAAAUCGACCAAAAUCUUAAUUUCGUGACAAGAGUUGAAAAAUCAAUUUCUUUCAUUUUUGUUCAUAGAUAGCUUUUAGGUAAAAGAGAAACCUAACGUAGAUUGUUCCCGCCGAAAGCCUUUUAUUCGGGGAGAAAAAUAGAAGAUCGGUUUUCGAUGUCGCCGGAGUCUCAGACUGCAUUAAUUUUAACCUGAAAUUCGCUAACAUCAACUUUCCUCGCGUUCGCAAACGAAGCUGGAUGGAGAAAUUUGGACGCUUUCCACGAACAGAAAAAUAAUUUUCCUUCCACUAGAAGAUACUUUCUGGACAAUAGGGAAGCUGGUCGUACUGAAAUAAUUUUAAAAAUGAGGGAUAGGUUUUCAGGAUAACAAAAAUUAUCAGUUCGUUACUCAUUUUCGCCGCCAAUAUUUAACAUGUGGUAUAACUCCAAAUUCUCUUCUUGCGAUUUAAAUCACACAUUUAGACAUUCAUUUAAAAUAUACCUGGGAAUUGGCUUGGGUAAGUGAAGGAAAUCUCUAUAAGACACCAUCGAAGUUCAGGAAUUUUCAUGGUAGGCUGGCGGUAUAAAUUGUCUGUAUUCUGUAAACACUUCCAAUUUCGAAACGCACAUAAACAGAUAUUUACAGCCCAAUGACUCGUUUUUCGUACGUCUUUUAGGUUUUCCCUUUGCAAAAUUGCUUUUUUCAAUCAAAGAAUGGGGUAAAAAGGUGAAACUGGGUCAAUUUUAGCCAUUUUGAAACACUGAACUUUACCUGGCGGCGACUCUGCGUGACAGUCUGUUCCGUGACUGCACGUGGCACAACGUACGUUUGAAGAGACGGAGCUGUCAAAAUCACAGUCACGAAAUCAAGGUAGUAACGCAACGUAAUUCUUGAUCGAAGGAGUAACACUUUCGGUGCCGACAGUAUUUUGAAGAAGCAAAAAAUCAAAUGCACAAGUAUUCUGGGAUUCACUUUCUAUCGACUCAAAAAUAAGGACUCUAACAAUGGUAUUAAAUUCGCUAAGGAUAAUGGAGAAAGAAGAUAUUUCGUCUUGCUAAGGGACGGACCAUUAGAAAACUUAUGGGGGGGGGAGGGGAAUUUUCGAGCCGCAGGAAUUUUUUUUCGUUAUCAAAUUCCUUGUAUGAAUUUUUUUUAGGCCAUAGCAUGAAUAUUUUUUAGGGUUAAUUGGCUUGCAAGAAUUUUUUUUCAUUUAAUUUUCCCUUGCGCGAAUGUUUUUUUUGGACUUCGCCCGCCCGCCCCCCCCAUAAGUUUUCUAAUGGUCCGUCCCUAAUCGAAGAAACUAAGUUAUUUUGCUCACGCCUCAGUAUAUUUACCGGACUUCAAUGUUUUCGUGUGGAGGCUGUCUUCAGGAACCCUAGCUAAUUCUCGGGUAUGUUUUAGAUAAAUGUCUAAAUGCGUGAACCAGUAAAGCAGUUGUUCACUCAAAUUGGCGCCAAAAAAGGGGCGUCAAUGACCCGCGCAUGCCUUUCAGUUUAAUUUAUUUCUUUGCGCCAAUUUCCAUAUUUUACAUUCCGCAUAAUUAUGUCAUUCCGCAAGCCAUGCCACAUGCCAUUCCGCAAACUCAUUCCGCCUUUUACCCUCACCGUUUAAGGAUGGUUUUCAAGUCACUUGAAACUUUCUUGAAUCGUUUCAACUUUCGGACUUUAAUGAGAUGCAAAGUAAAGUUCCUUGAGAGUGGUGAUGUAAAAUUUAGCUGCUAACAGCCUAGUACACUCACCAGAAAGAUUUUGGAAAAUUGGGGAUCUCAUGACUAACACGUGACACGCUUAGACAAUCUUUGAUUCAAGAUGGCGGAACGUAGUGGAGAGAAAACUCCUCUGAUAGGAAGCAAAGAUUUAUAUGGCUCUGAACAACAACUGUCUGGUUGCGGAGCCACAGUUUGCUGCGACCCGAGAAGAAAUCUUCAUCGUUAUUUUGUUCUGGGUCUAAUAUGCUUCUUGAGCUUCGGUAAGACUCGCUACUUCUACUGUCACGAACGAAUCUUAGCUCGUAGAUUUCCUGGCUGCAGUUGACGGGAAAACUUAGUGAAGAGGGUUUCUUUCUUAUAGAAUCUCAACCUUAUUUAAGCCUACCGAUAGGAAACUUUCCUCAGUGCAAGUAAAAAUACAGUGAAAGGUUAAAACAGAGAAAGGGCACUUGGAAAGUAGGAGCUUUCAGGUCACUUCCGGCGAAAGACACUUUAAUUUUGUUUUUGCCACAACAUUUUAUAACCUAACUCUCUGGACUUUUAAAUGCUAAAAAUUAUCUAGUCCUAGGUACAAAGAGAAACUAUUUCCCCGGGGGGAACUGCCAUAUAUGGGCUACUGAUAAAGACUAAAAGUUGUAGAGUUUGGGUCUAGAGUUAGGCUCGAUUACCAGCUUUUGUUCGGGAAAAUGAGCCCGCACUCAUCCCCCCCCCCCCCCCCAUCUCUCUUCGGGGAGGAUCAAAGACUGGACCCGGGAGACGGCGGAAAUCGAGCCUAGUCUAGAAAUGGCCACAAAGAAAGGGCACGUGAGGAAGACACGCGAGGAGAAAGGGACAUCAAAUACACAUUAGCGGAAGCGGCGACAGACAAAACAUUUGUCUAAUCGUUGAUCAGAGGAAAUAUUCUUUGUUCAGAAAGAACUUCACCGCUUGCAUUGUUGAUCGAACGCAUACCAUCAAAACCUGGACAAUAUUAAUGAAAUGAAACGCUUACCAAGGGUAUGAAUUUGAAAAACCUUUCGCUAUUGUUAUUAUUUGCUUGAAGGUGACCUGAUUGAUGUUAAUGUCUCGUUGCUGCAGCCAAUAAAAACGUCUCGGUAUAGUUUGUGUUCUGAAGUUUAGGUCCGUUUGGUAAGACAUGUCUGCUCCAAAAAUGGCUGCCACUUUGUGCAGUAAAGGCAAUGGUCAUUUUCCACAUAGGCUGUGAUCUUUGGUGUCUGUACAGUUGUGAUUUUGUAAUCUCAGAGAUCAAUAAUUAGCUUUUUAUAAUACACAGCCAUUUUUGAGUCAGUGUUUUUAUUUUUUUGUAUUUAUUGUGUCUUUGGUUAAGAAUGAUUUUAUGCUGUGUGUUUACUGUUGGUUUAUGACCCCAUCACUCUAUAAUCAGAUAACACAGCUGAUCUUUAUAACACAUAUAUGUAGACCGUGGAUUUAAAUGUAUAAUGCUUUGGCACGCUUUGUUUGUGUGAGGGCAAUCGUUUUCUGUCAAAAUAUUUAACAGAUUAUGCAGCGUCUGCCAGGUAAUUGGAUAGGGGGCAGGAAACGAUUUUCAUGGGCCUCUAGGGCAGGUGCUCCCUCUUCCCUAACGUGUCUCCCUCAUGCGCUCGGUUCUCUCUUGCGCCCAUUACUUCCAAGCACCUUCUACGAAGGCUAAACUAGAAUAGGCUAUCCCUUUCCUGGAAACUGAUCAACUGGUUGAAUUUUCAAAAUUUUGAACUGGUUCGAAAAAAGUUUGAACCCAGAAAAAGUAUUCAUACCAAGGUUGUUUUAUCAUGUCAAAUAGAUUACAGUGCUUUCUAAUCAUUGCUUUUGCAUCAAAAGAUCAGCAUUAUCGUACUGUUUUUGUCAUCUAGGAAGCUAUUAUUGUUAUGACAAUCCAGCAGCCUUAGAGAAUCAUAUAAAACAGGUAUUUAUUAAGUCUUCACACUGUUUAGCAUUCUAGUAUCAUACUUAUGAAGAGGAUUAAGUGGAUCUACCUCUUAUAUACAUGAUCAUGGCAUCAUGGGAUGGUUACUGGUUUAUGAUGACUAUUUCAUGUCUGCUAAGCUAGAUCAGACAACGGAGGAAAUUAAGAUAGUAUUGGAAUACAACUUGUAUUUCACCCUGCAAAACUUUUUACUUCAGAGCCUAAGUGUAAAAAAAGUGCUCACUAAUUAUUUCACAAUUGUGAUUUUCUUCAAGUCUUUGACUUAAAUGAUCACUUAACUGUUACACUAUAACAAACUAUGGUUUGCAUUUGAAUUUUUGUCAUUCUCACGUGACCAGUACAGGUGUCCCACAUGAACAUGUGACUUUUUCUCCAUUUUAGAAAGGCAGCAACAUCAGUUUGCAGUUGAAAUGAUCGAUGUAUUACUAUGCGUUAGGGAAGAAUUUUUCUGUGUGGAAAAUCAAUUGGAAGAGAUUAUGGUCACUGCUUAGUGAUAAUACUUUGAGACGGUGGUUGAGAUGUUUCAGCAGAGUUUUCUCCUGGCCUUAUUAAGAGCAUUUAUCUUUUCAUCUAGAACCAUGAACUUUUGUUAUUAUUAGCCUUUCUAAAAGGGAAGAAAACAGUGACAAAACCCUUCAUAAUAAUUUCUUACAAUUCUCAGUAAUAAUUGAUUCUACAUUUUUUAUUCUUGACUCCUGUGGCAACCAAACUAGAAGAGCCAGUGUUCAGUUUUUCAAGUCAUUGUGUUAUUUGUUGAAGAAACAACUUUUAGAGCCUUUUAAUUUUUGACAGUAUGUAUUUCUUUCUUUCUCUGUUCUCAAGGACAUGGAUGUACAGACUGAUAAAUAUGUGUUGCUCUACUCGCUCUACUCAUAUCCUAAUGUGAUUCUCUGCUUCUUUGGUGGAUUUUUACUUGACAGGGUGUUUGGUGUAAGGUAAUAAUUUUUUCCUCUGUCUUUAAAUGUUUUAAUUUAAUGUUAAUUCUAAAUCAAUCCAUUUUCAUAGCAUUAAUUGACACAUAUAAAACAUGAAGAGAGUAGUGGGGAAGGACUAACAGAGAACAUAAGAACCAUACAAGCUACAAUGAGGGACAAAAGUGUUGAGACACUUCUAUAAAAAGGCCCCUUUUUGCAUCGUGGAAAUAACUGUUCCCUCCUCCAGUGUACUCUCACCCCUAACCCUAAAAUCAAUAUUGUAUUUGACACCCUCAAGUCCUUCUUUUUCUACAAACAACAUUGGUUUGGGGGUAGGGGGAUUUAUGGCAUUAAAACAGAAUUAAAUAACAUAUGUACACGAAUGAAAAUGUUGAUAAAAGCUCGUGUUGUAGACAAGUGUCAGCAACUUAUGUCCCUGAUUGUAGUCCAUCCAAAUGUAUGAAAAGAAAAGGAAAAAUGUCCGACAAAGUGACAUCUUUAAAACUGUCAAUAAUAUCAACUGAAACCAUGAAGAUACUUUUGUCAUUAGGCCAGUCAGGGUCAAAGUCCCUAUUCUUUUUCUUGCAUUUAUUAUAACUCUUGGUAAUGUUUUUACGUGUAUGAAGUAUCGCAGGCUUAGUUUUUCAGUCCUAAGCUUACUAGGUAAGUUAUUCCAUAAAGUGAUAAUCUAUUUAUAUAUCACUGAAGGCAUUUCUAGAUGCUCAUUUUUCUAAUCUUAAAUAAAUUGAGCCUUCCAACUUUUCCCUCAACAAAUUAUAAAAAUAAGUUUCUCCAUUUACAACGCAGAAUUAUCUGGCUAACGUUAGGUAGCUUAUAACUAGUUUUAUUCAGACGUGAAGCCUCUUUCAAAAUGUUCUCCUGUAAUGUUACACCUUUCUCUUGCUACCACAAUUCUUAAUGAAAACCCUGAUACGUGCUCAAAUACUGUCUAUCUCUCUUAGGCUUGGGACCAUCAUCUUCAGUUUGUUUGUGCUUACUGGUCAGGUGAGGUUGCUUCAAAAAUGAACAUUUCCUGCUUUCUCUCCUCCCCUCUUCUUUUACUUUUCUUUUGCCACUAUUUUUCUUUUUUUCACUGGGUAUUUACUAGGCUUUAUUUCAGUGUCAAAAGUUACCCAUUUUGGGAAACGAUUUAGAACCAUGGAAUUUGAUGGAGUUACAGUACUGCUCAAAAGUAAGUUGACAGUCAAUCGUGUCUUGAUCCUUGAGACUCGAGACUCAAUUCUCGGUUCUCCAAACUUUACAGGAUCGAGUCUUGAGUCUCGAUGAUCGAGGAUUGAGGAUCAAGUUUCAAAUUUUGAGUUUAAGAGAACUUGUCAUGAAAGUGCACUCUUUAAAAGUGUACACUUACCUUUCAUUCUAAAAAAUUACCGCUCUAUGCAUUGGGUGAGACUCGUUCACUUUCAAGUAAACAAAGCUUCUGCUUUGAAAGCGAAAAAUGUUCACUUCUGGUCUCCUGUUAAUAGUCCUUUUGAAACUUGCUUGAGUUCGGGCGGGUUUUCAUCUAAAUUUUCAGGUCAAAUUUAUUUGUUUGUUGUUUUUGCCCUCUUCUCUGCCCUCCAUAAUUGAAUUGUGCUCAUUCUGUCAUGGUUGGAAAGAUCUUUUUCUCCACUUAUGUCCAGAAAUGCAUGCAAUGGCGAAAAUGGCGAAACUGGCGAAAAAUCGCCAGCCGCUGGCGAUUUGAAUUGGAUGCCAAAAGUGGCCCCUUGGAGGCUGGCGAUUUUGGCAAAAAUGGCGAUUUUGGCGAAAUUGGCGAUUUUGGCAAAAAUUGCCAUGCAUGCAAUGGCGAAAAUGGCGAAAAAUCACCAGCCUCUGGCAAUUUGAAUUGGAUGCCAAAAGUGGCCCCUUGGAGGCUGGCGAUUUUGGCAAAAAUGGCGAUUUUGGCAAAAUUGGCGAUUUUGGCAAAAAUCGUCAUGCAUGCAAUGGUGAAAAUGGUGAAACUGGCGAAAAAUCACCAGCCUCUGGCGAUUUGAAUUGGAUGCUAAAAGUGGCCCCUUGGAGGCUGGCGAUUUUGGCGAAAAUGGCGAUUUUGGCGAAAUUGGCAAUUUUGGCAAAAAUCGCCAUGCAUGCAAUGGCGAAAAUGGCGAAACUGGCGAAAAAUCACCAGCCUCUGGCGAUUUGAAUUGGAUGCCAAAAGUGGCCCCUUGGAGGCUGGCGAUUUUGGCGAAAAUGGCGAUUUUGGCGAAAUUGGUAAUUUUGGCAAAAAUCGCUUGAGGGCUGGCGAUAUGUGGCAAAAUAUUCAAAUUGGAUGCCAAAAGUGGCCCCUUCAAAGUAGAUAACUAAAGAGGUCCUUAUAACUGUGAGGCAACAGUACUAAAAAAAAGUUCAAAUUACUUGCCUAAUAAGAGGCCCCAAUAACUGUGAGGCAACAUUUAUCAAAUACAACUGAAUCAAAUAUAUGACAAAACAGCUUUACCUAACUGUCAAACAACAUUAUUUUAUCAAAUACAACUGAAUCAAAUAUAUCUGAAAACAACAAAUGCAAGUCGUUUCAGUUAAGCUAAUAUGUAUUUGUGCCAUGUACUUCACAGGUUAAGUAAACAUUUCCUUACUUUCGAUGUCGCUUGACUUACCAAAAGUGAUGUGAUGCGCUGAAAUAUCACACUAGCAUCACUUGCUUUUGUAUGGUUCAUUCCUUUCAAAGACUUACAAGUCCACUAAUUACUCGAGGAGAGAACUACCAAGUCCUUGAAAUCAUAAUAAUUCCUUGCCAUGGACACUCUAACUUUUGAGGUUCGAUGUAGACCUUAACAAUCCUCACUGGUUACAAUUCUCUUCACAUUGGUUCCAUUAAAUUGUGAGGCAGCCUUAAAUCAAAAGCGAUUGCGAAACGCAUGGUUCCUGGCUAAAAGAUGCUUUCACGAUAACCAGCUAGUGUGUGCCCUUCAUUCUUUUUUGGUUCUCCACUAUACACAUUAUCUUCUUUCGUCGUUUUAAACUCUUCACUUUCUUCUCGCACUUACUUCCUUUGCUCUUUAGAGAAACGGUCCCCUAAAAGUAACGAAAGCCGAAAUGUCCAGCAGCUUGCGUGCGCCAUUUUGAAAUGUGUGAUUUCGCUUAUUUCCACUUUAUGUAAACCUGCACGAAAUGUCACUUGUGCCCAAUACUUCACCGCAUUUAUUGAACAUAAACAUUGGAUCAAAGCAAUAACUUGUUUGUCUCUUUCAUAAAACAUAUCCCAUUCAAACUAAUUCUGUAUCUUUUCAUCAACUAGAUAUAUAAAAAGAGAGUGUACAUGUUUGUCUCGUUCUUCAAAAAUGUGUCCCAUUAUUGCUUUAUGAGGUGGGGCCAGAAAUUUAGAAAAUGUAUUGUUUUUUUGCGCUGAGACCACCAAACCAAUUCUCAGUACAAUAUGUUUCCAUUAAAUUGCUAAUGCUAAUGCUCGUCGAAACACGUCACCCGGCCUUUUUACCUUCUAUUUUAACAAUUGCCUGAGAGUCCCUGUGAACGACAUUAAUCGUUUUGCUUACAUAGAGGAGCUAUAAACAUAGAGUGACCACCAAAGUCAGCUGGGAAUGACACUAAUCGUUUCUACUUACAUAGAGUAGUUAUCCAAAAUCGACUAUUUCAACAUGGUCGCCGCGUCUGUAUAACAACUACUAAACCUUAUACGUUCAUGUUCUGUGAAACUGCAAUGAACCAGCUCGUUUAUAUAUACUUGUACGAUUGAACGCCAUUAUAACAAACAGGAUGGAUGUACAAGGCAAUACGGACCAUCUAAUUAUCUGACUGCGUAGCCAAGAACCAACCUCCUCAUAACAUAUAAUGUUGAACUGUCGCUAUUCAAACAAUGCCUACAAGCCUGGAAAAUUAAGGAUACCUAUCUUGGAUUUUUUGGUAAGAAAGUUGCCAUGAACAUUACGAAGAUUACCAUUUACUGAUAAUUGAAUACAACUCGUUGGCCAUUCGAUUUGAAUUGAGCAAGAAAUUAGUUAUAAGUGGUAAUUCCCGACCGAACACUCUUGUGUGGGACGAAUUUCAAAUCACAAGAGGUUAUCAAUUAAAGGUAAAAGCAUUAAAAACAGAUUAAUGACACUUAGUGUCAUUAUUAGUAUACAAUUAUACUACUGGAAACAUUUUUAUAGUAAUAUGUGGUUAACUAUUUGGCAAUUAAUAGCCAUUUCAAAAGGGACCCUUUGCUAUGUCAUUUCAAUUUGUCUUGACAAAUUAGGUAUUUCAUCGAGUAAUUGCCAUUUCUGCCAAAACACGUUUUAAGAACAAGGCCAACAUGCACUCUAUAUUUUUUUUUAUUUGUGGUUGAUGAAAAGAUACAGAAUUAGUGCACGCCAUUUUCGCCAAAAUCCUCACUUUCCAAAGGGCCCCUUUGCCAUCUCAUUUGAAUUUUUGUUUACAGUUUGGCGAUUUUGGCGAUUAAUUGCCAUUUCUGCCAUUUUCGCCAAAUACGCCAUUUUCGCUGAAAUCGCCACUUUGCAAAGGGCCCCUUUGCCAUCUCAUUUGAAUUUUUUGUUGACAGUUUGGCGAUUUGGUGAUUAAUUGCCAUUUCUGCCAUUUUCGCCAGCCAUCGCCAUUUUCGCCGAAAUCGCCACUUUCCAAAGGGCCCUUUGCCAUCUCAUUUGAAUUUUUGUUUACAGUUUGGCGAUUUUGGCGAUUAAGCGCCAUUUCUGCCAUUUUCGCCAAACGCCAUUUUCGCGAAAUCGCCACUUUGCAAAGGGCCCCUUUGCCAUCUCAUUUGAAUUUUUGUUUACAGUUUGGCGAUUUUGGCGAUUAAGCGCCAUUUCUGCCAUUUUCGCCAAACACGCCAUUUUCGCGAAAUCGCCACUUUGCAAAGGGCCCUUUGCCAUCUCAUUUGAAUUUUUGUUUAUAGUUUGGCGAUUUUGGCGAUUAAUUGCCAUUUCUGCCAUUUUCGCCAAAACGCCAUUUUUAGCGAAAUCGCCACUUUCAAAAGGACCCUUUGCCAUCUCAUUUGAAUUUCUGUUUACAGUUUGGUGAUUUUGGCGAUUAAAAGCGCCAUUUCUGCCAUUUUAAGCCAAAUCGCCAUUUUCGCCGAAAUCGCCACUUUGCAAAGGGCCCCUUUGCCAUCUCAUUUGAAUUUUUGUUUAUAGUUUGGCGAUUUUGGCGAUUAAUUGCCAUUUCUGCCAUUUUCGCCAAAACGCCAUUUUCGCCCCGAAAUCGCCACUUUGCAAAGGGCCCCUUUGCCAUCUCAUUUGAAUUUUUGUUUAUAGUUUGGCGAUUUUGGCGAUUAAUUGCCAUUUCUGCCAUUUUAGCCAAAUACGCCAUUUCGCGAAAUCGCCACUUUCAAAGGACCCCUUUGCCAUCUCAUUUGAAUUUCUGUUUACAGUUUGGCGAUUUUGGCGAUUAAGCGCCAUUUCUGCCAUUUUCGCCAAAUACGCCAUUUUCGCCGAAAUCGCCACUUUGCAAAGGGCCCCUUUGCCAUCUCAUUUGAAUUUUUGUUUAUAGUUUGGCGAUUUUGGCGAUUAAUUGCCAUUUCUGCCAUUUUCGCCAAUGCGUGCAUUUCUGGACAUAUCUCUUUUUCUCCUGCACAAGUUACAUGGCAAUGUAGUCCUUGACCAUUAAAACUGAUGAUGUCACAAGGGGUACAAGGGGUGUAGAUCUGACAGCACAGGCGGUUACAUGUUGAUCAGGGGCGAAUGAGUUAAAAAUGUAUAAUCAAACAGACUUGUGUUUUUGUUCAGGCUGUUGGUUACCCUACAUGUACAUUUACGUACAUUGUUAUUGUGGAGCGUUUAUUUUGAGCAGUAUGCUCACUAGGCUCAUCUAUUUCAUCCUUCUUUCUUUUUUAGCUCAUUUUUGCGCUUGGAGGUUACAUCCAUAGUUUUACAGUGAUGGAGAUAGGACGAUUUGUUUUUGGGUAAGUGCAAUAUUUAGAAAUACUAUGUAAUACUAGGAAGUGAAAUUUAAAUUAUAAUAUUGUUGUGAUUUUGACAUGAACCGUACAUCCAAGGCACAAUCAAGAAUCUCUUGGUCAUCCCGAGGAAACAAAGGCAGAUGCCAUCACUUGAAAUAAACGCUCUUUAGAUAAUCUUUAAAUAAUACAGUUGAUGUGGUUCACUUGUACGAGUAUAUUCCAUAAUAAGUUUAGUAAAUGAAUGGAGAGGUAAAGGAAAUUUAGAAUCAGACUGGGUUGAAACCAUUUUAACCUGAAUUUCAUAUUGAAAUACGCCAAAUUCAGUGUACAUAUGUGACAAAAAGACUAUUCAGUACACCAUUGCUUUUAAUUGACAGUAAUACUACUGACUAGAUGUUUUGCAACAUUUUUUCAUGUUGUAUUGUUAGUUUAGGAGGAGAGAAUUUGGCUGUUGCUCAGAAUACCUACUCCGUGAGUUGGUUCAAAGGAAAAGAGUUUAAACACUGUGUUUGGUCUUCAACUUAGUUUCUCUAGAGUGGUAAGGUUGGACACUGCAGAACUGCAAGUCCUUAACUUAUAAUUAACUAAGAGAAUAUUUACAGCUAACACUGUAGGCACGGAACAGAGUUUUAAUGGGUGGGUUCACACUUUGGGUUCAGAGGGUGGGUGGGUUCAGAGCUUAUAAUGUAUAAGUCAGCUUCCUUACAGAUCAGAAGACUUCAAUGAAGUCCUAACCAUUUAGUGAGAAUGAUUAAAAAAUUACAUAUAACUCUAAUAGCAAGGUGUACUGGCCCUGGAAUCUUGUGCAAGAUGUCUCUAAAAGCACAGUACCCAAGUAUGACUUGAAAUUGAGUUUGAAGCCUCCAAUAUUGAUAUCCUAUCUCACUGAAAAUAAUUGUAAUGAAAAGUAGACACUUGUGCUUGCAACCACUAUUAUAAGAAGGAAAUUAAAGAAUGAUCUGUUUCUUCAGGGCUUCAAGUAUUAAGACAUACUUUGCAUAGUACUGGGCUGUUGUAUGAUAGAAACCUAUUAUCAACUACUGUUGACAAGUUCCACUCGUUGUUUAAUUGCCCUGGAUAAUCUUUCACAAACUUGUGCUAAAUGACGGCAAGUCACCGGUUUGAAUUACAGAGUGAAACCAAAGACGAUCAUUAACAAUUAAGGAAAUUGAGGAAAUGUCUCUCCCGUAGUCGUUGUAGGAAGCCGAAAAGGGUUUUAUUUUAAGUCACUUAACCUGAAAAAGCUUCUUCUACUAAAAAAAAUUAAAUAAUCGUGGCAAUAUAAUACAGUUACAGAAAGAAACAGCUUACCUUCCUCCAUCGUGCUCGCUCCUGCGGAAAACUAUAGUAACAAGAAUCACUUCGUGAAUUUUACCGGGGCCACUUUUGUCUUGGCAACCCACGUGGAAGGGUCGUUUUCAUCAACAAGUUUGUCGGGCGACAUGAAAAUCUUUUUUAUUGCAAAUAUUCUUUAGAGAUGAAAACAAGGUGUAAUGAAUAAUGUGAAAAGAGAAAAUGUUAGGGAAUCCCCCAUUUUGAACAGUUGAGAGUUUUCGCCUGUCGCUAACGUAACUAGAGACCUUUAGAUUCGAGGACGAGAACGACUACGAGUACGAGAUUUGACUUGAAGUUUUUUCGCGUAUUCUCAAAAUAUAGACUUCCCGAAAAGCUUCAUUUUACCGUUUUUCACUAGAAAAGUUAGCACUGUUACCUUUAGUGAAGGAGGUUACGCGCUUUCCCCAUCGCAAAAUGAUAAAACUUCUAACAUUUGACAACUUGUUUUCGCCACCACGACAUUCGCGCUAAAACUCGUAGUAGAAUGACGACGGCUGCCGCGUUUUCCCGCCAAAAUGACGCUGGUUCACGCACGUGCACUACUUAGUGUUGAGAAAAUCUCGUACUCGUAGUCGUACUCGUCUUAGAAUCUAAAGGUCUCUAAUAUUGCGUGACAAAGGUUAUGUGAAACAGUCUUUUUUGGUUUUUCAUUAGUUAAAGCGUCUAGAUCGCCUUGUACCACGUUUUUUAAGAUAAUAUAAAGUUAGCUUUGAUAAGUGUUCGCAUUGAUUCUCGAUAAAUUUCUUGAUGGAAGGUUCACUCUUAAGCGAUCGCUCGUAAAUUUGUCUCUCCAAAUAUUCACUCUCAAGUUUUCGCUCAUAAACUAGUACAUCGUAAAGGUUGGGGAACCUGUCGUUCCCAAAAAGCUAUAAUCUUUCUCUUGACUCUCCUCCAUACCUCGUGCUUUUCAAAAUGGAGGAUAAGAUUUCAGCGAACAAUCCCAAAAGUAACGAGCCAGCGAUAUAUCUUAGUCAGCGAUAUAUCCCUAACAAUGUAACUUUGAAAAGACAGAAACGCGUUGCAUUUUAUGACCGGUACAAGCCUUCGGCUAGGCCCCGGUAAAAAUUUUCGCUGUGGCUGUAUGGCCGGUAGACUGUUCACAGCACCCUAUUUUUUCGUGACAUCGUUUAGAUAUACCGCGUCUUACCGUCAAAUGUACUGAAGGGUGGGCGUCGGGGAUUAUAGCUCUGUUUUUCUCGCUUCCUUAUGUUUUUGUUGGUCUCGAGUCUUUAUAUGUUCGUUACUAUUUUCUAUCCACAGCAUGGCGUGACAGGCGACGUUUGACGUCAUAACAUCUUGACCUUUCCUGCGGCCUCCAUGGAAAACCGGCGGGAAAAGUCUCUACGCGUUAGUUCCCUUCUGGAGCUGAAAUAAACCUCAACAUUAUCUUGUCGACGUUAUGGUGAAACAAAAAAGCUUUUUGGUACACG